AUGGCUCAAGGCCUCCUCAAAAAGGCCAAGGCGACCCCCGCCAAACGGUACGCCCCUCCACCCCCCUUCCAACCCCGAUGCCUCGUCGCUAACAGCACCAGCACCAGCUCCUCCACCCAAGGCCCCAAACGGAUCGGUCCUCGCAACGUCGCGCCCAAGAAACAGUCGCUCAUCAAGCAGAAGAAACUGACCAAGAAACUCACGGCCGGUCUGACGGCCAGGACGGAACGCAGUCUCGCCGCGCGUGCGGGCCAUCUCGAGAUGCUGGCUGGAGGGAAAAAGGACAAGAAGGAGAACCAGGGGAAGAAAUAA